GGAGGUGGAGUUGGAGGACGGGUGCUAUCCCAUCAUACAGCGGGAAACGCGGUAACGUUCGGCACGCAGCGUGUAGGAGCCUGCCGCAGAAAUAAGAAAGCCCGCAAAAGCAAAUCAAAAACGUAAAAAAAAUAAUCGGCGGAAACGAAACAGAAGUAAUUUCAUAGUGAAGCAAAGAUUUGUCUAAUUUGACUUCUAGUUACUGUCAUUAUUGGACCGAUCAAACAGUGGUGGAAGGAAGAUGUCUUUAGUUUGUGCAAUCUCUAACGAGGUCCCGGAGCGCCCGUGCCUGAGUCCCGUCUCUAACCAGGUGUUUGAGCGCCGGCUCAUAGAGAAGUACAUCGCUGAGAAUGGCGCCGAUCCCAUCAACGGCCAGCCACUAUCCGAGGAGCAGCUCAUCGACAUCAAGGUUUCCCACCCUGUCAGACCGAAGGCUCCUUCUGCCACCAGCAUUCCUGCCAUUCUCAAAGCCCUGCAGGAUGAAUGGGACGCAGUGAUGCUGCACAGCUUCACGCUGAGGCAGCAGUUGCAGACGACGCGGCAGGAGCUCUCGCACGCCCUGUACCAGCACGACGCCGCCUGCAGAGUCAUCGCCCGCCUCACCAAGGAGGUGACCGCGGCGCGCGAGGCUUUGGCCACUCUGAAGCCCCAGGCUGGACUGGUUGUCCCCCAGAUUGUUCCUGCCUCUCAGCCACCGGCUGUGGCUGGUGGAGGCGAGCUGAUGGAGGUGAGCGAGCAGGUGGGAAUGACUCCAGAAGUCAUCCAGAAGCUGCAAGACAAGGCCACUGUCCUGACCACAGAGAGAAAGAAGAGGGGGAAGACUGUGCCAGAAGAGCUGGUUAGAGCUGAGGACCUCAGCAAGUACCGACAAGUGGCCUCUCAUGCUGGUCUCCACAGUGCCAGUGUUCCUGGAAUUCUCUCUCUGGACCUGUGCCCUACAGACACCAACAAAGUGCUCACUGGGGGCGCCGAUAAGAAUGUGGUGGUGUUUGAUAAGAGAGAGGAGCAGAUCGUGGCCACUCUGAAGGGCCACACCAAGAAAGUCACCUCUGUCAUCUACCACCCCUCCCAGGCGGUGGUGUUCUCCGCCUCUCCGGACAGCACUAUCCGGGUGUGGUCCGUCUCAGGUGGGAACUGUGUGCAGGUGAUCCGCGCCCACGAGGCGGGCGUGACCGGCCUCUCCCUGCACGCCACCGGGGACUACCUGCUGAGCUCCUCUGAGGACCAGUACUGGGCCUUCUCUGAUAUCCAGACUGGCCGGGUCCUCACUAAAGUGACCGAUGAGGCAGCUAGCUGUGCUCUGACCUGCGCCCAAUUCCACCCUGACGGGCUCAUUUUUGGGACGGGCACGGCCGAUUCUCAGAUUAAGAUCUGGGACCUGAAGGAGCGCACCAACGUGGCCAACUUCCCCGGCCACUCUGGCCCCGUCACCGCCAUCGCCUUCUCCGAGAACGGCUACUACCUGGCCACAGGUGCUCAGGAUUACUCCCUGAAGCUGUGGGAUCUUAGAAAACUGAAAAAUUUCAAAACCAUCAGUCUGGACAGCAGCUAUGAGGUGAAGUCGCUGGUGUUUGAUCAGAGUGGGACGUACCUGGCUGUCGGGGGGUCAGACAUCAGGGUGUACAUCUGCAAGCAGUGGUCCGAAGUUCUCAACUUCACCGAACACUCCGGGCUGGUGACGGGCGUGGCCUUUGGUGAGCACGCUCAGUUCCUCACCUCCACCGGAAUGGACCGAAGCCUCAAGUUCUACAGCCUGUAGGGAACCGGGCCGCGGGGAGGCGGAGCUGCAGGCCACUCCCACACAGAGAAAGAGCUGUGAUUGCCUGGCGUUGGAACAGCAGAGGGCCGUAGAAAAACAGAUCUGAUGUACAAAAGCAACAAAAUUUAGAAUUGAGACCGUACAAAAUGCAUAUACACAGAAUAAGUGCAGUGAAAAGAUUUGUAUACACACACACAUGCACACACACAUUACAAAGAACAAAUACAUUUGACUCACUUUUACGGUUUUGUCUUAGUCUCUUAUUCUUCACUGAAUCGUUUAUUUGCCUGUUUCUCUCCUCAUGUAGUCUUUCUUUCCUCCUUCCCUUUUUCCUCUUCUCUAGUAGUCUUGGUUAGAUUUUUUUGUUCAUUGUGCCAUUGUUUCUUUUUUUACAUUCCCUUUUGACCUCCCCUUCUUGUUCUGUCCCCCUCUAUGAAAAUUUAAAUUUUCAGUUUUUCAUAAUUAGUUCUGUGUGAGAUUUAUAUCCCUUAUGUAGAUGGGAUUUAAUUGACUUUGGAUCUCCAAUAAAAAUGUGAAUUAAAACCA